AUGCAUAUCUUCAACACCUCUGAAAUUUCUACCUUCUUCCUGAUUGGAAUCCCCGGGAUGGAGCCUGCCAACAUUUGGAUCUCCAUCUCCAUUUGCCUCAUUUACCUUGUUGCCAUCCUGGGGAACUGUACCAUCUUAUUUUUCAUAAAAACAGAGACUUCUCUUCAUGAACCCAUGUACUAUUUUCUCUCCAUGCUGGCUGUCUCUGACCUUGGGUUGUCUCUCUCCUCUCUGCCUACCAUGCUAAGGAUAUUCUUGUUCAACGCUCCAGGAAUUUCCCUAGAUGCUUGUAUUGCCCAAGAGUUUUUCAUUCAUGGAUUCUCAGCUAUGGAAUCAUCAGUACUUCUCAUCAUGUCCUUUGAUCGCUUUAUUGCCAUUUGCAAUCCUCUGAGAUAUACCUCCAUUCUGACCAAUGCCAGAAUCACCAAAAUCGGGGUUGCUUUUUCUCUCAAAAAUGUUUUGUUGACCCUCCCUUUCCCUUUCACAUUAAAACGUCUUAGGUACUGUAGGAAAAAUAUCCUUUCCCAUUCCUACUGCCUACAUCAGGAUGUCAUGAAGUUGGCUUGCUCUGACAACAAGGUCAAUGUCAUCUAUGGCUUAUUUGUGGCUCUCACAGGCAUCUUAGACUUAACAUUUAUUUUCAUGUCCUACAUACUGAUACUGAAAGCAGUAUUGAGCAUAGCAUCACAGAAAAAAAGGUUCAAAGUCUUCAAUACAUGUGUUUCUCAUAUCUGUGCUGUACUCAUCUUCUAUGUUCCCAUUAUCUCCCUUGCUGUUAUCUACCGGUUUGCCAAACACAGUUCUGCAAUUAUUAGGAUUCUCAUGGCUGAUGUUUUUCUCCUGGUACCUCCAUUGAUGAACCCUAUUGUAUACUGUGUGAAGAGCCAGCAGAUCAGAAAUCUGGUUUUAGGGAAACUGCGUCAGAAACACAGUUGA